UACGUUGUUGAGGAAGGAAGAGAGCUAAUAAAGAGUUACGGUGGAGUCUGACGAAGCUAAAAAGGCUAAACGGUGUGGAUUUACCUGUCUUCAUUCAACAGGUUAUUCAGCGGUGACCUGAACGAUCCUUCCUUCCCGCCGCUGGGUGGCCGAUGGAGUUGUCUUCUGGAGCUACACGUGGUUCGGGCUCAGAGUAAAAGCAGAGGAGGGAGCUCAGCUCAGCGAGAGGCUCCCAGAGCAGCACCAUGUCUCUGUACCGCAACUCCGCCUGGUUCCUGAAGGGACUGACCGAGUUCACCAGGAAUGCCUUCCUGUCAGCCUCCAAGCAAUUUGUGGAGAAGGACCUGGAGGUUUCCGUGGCCGGACGCUCCUUUAUGAUAACAGGAGCCAACAGUGGCAUUGGGAAAGCCGCCGCCAUGGCUAUCGCUAAGAGAGGUGGAACUGUCCACAUGAUUUGUAGGAACAAGGACAAGACUGAGGAGGCGAGGGCUGAUAUUAUCAAGGAGACAGGAAAUAAAGAAAUCUAUGUCCACAUCCUGGAUCUAUCUGAGACCAAGAAGGUCUGGGAGUUUGCUGAGUCCUUUAAAAGGAAGUACAAGGCUCUCAAUGUACUGAUCAAUAACGCAGGUGCCAUGAUGAGUCAGAGGGAGGUGAACGCCGAGGGGCUGGAGAAGAGCUUUGCCGUUAAUGUUCUUGGGGUUUACAUUCUCACCAAGAGUCUCAUUCCCCUCCUGGAGAAGAGUGCAGAUCCCAGAGUGAUCACAAUGUCAUCGGGGGGAAUGUUGGUGCAGAAGCUCAGGAUAGGAAAUCUGCAGUCUGAGAGAGGGCGCUAUGACGGCACUAUGGUCUACGCCCAGCACAAAAGGCAGCAGGUGGUGAUGACAGAGCAGCUGGCAAAGACUCACACGAACAUACACUUCUCCGUCAUGCAUCCUGGCUGGGUGGACACUCCAGCGGUGGCCAACGCCAUGCCAGACUUCCAUCGCUCUAUGAAGGACAGUCUGCGGACCCCGGAGCAAGGGGCUGACACCGCAGUGUGGUUGGCUGUCUCUGAGGCCGCAACCACAAACCCCAGUGGACGCUUCUACCAGGGUAUGAUGGAAAAAUAAAACAAUCUUUAUCUU